AUGGUUGACACUAGACUACUGGUUUUGUUUGCCCUCUUGCAGAUCAUGUGCUUCCCCUUUCAUGAGGUCUCUGCGGCAACCUGCCAUGUCAGUGGCGUCAUUCGUGGCAAGGGACGAAACUGCAACAGAGAGAAUGGUUUGGAUAGCUGCUGUAUCGCAGGCAAGCAUUACCCGCAGUUCAGAUGCUCGCCUCCGGUGUCAGCCAAGACACCAGCUAUCCUGACAGUCAAUAGAUUUGAUAAUGGAGCAGAUCAUGUAACCAGGAUCACAAGUUGCGACAUGCGCUUUCACAGAGACAAAGAACUGGUGGUCAUAUUGUCCUCUGGUUGGCUGAGACUUGACGGCACGAACCGCUGCAACAAGAAGAUCCGUGUCCAUGCAAAUGGAAGGUCUGUCCUGGCCAAGGUCGUCGAUGAAUGUGACUCGGUUCACGGCUGCAAGGAGGAGAACGACUUUGAGCCCCCAUGCCGCAACAACGUUUUGAACGCUUCACCAGCGGUGUGGAAGGCUCUCAGGCUCAACCAAACCAUUGGAGAGUUGAAGGUCACAUGGUCUGAUGUCUGA